CAGAAGUUGUGCCAGGGUCAUCCUCUUGUCCUGCUGCGUCUCCAUCAACCGCAGGAGGUGGAGCACCUCCUGUUUCACCCUCUUCAUCCCCAACCGCAACACAUUCUCCCGCGAAGAAGUGCGAAACUUUCCUAAACGAGUUGAAGGAAGCACAAAACAUGCGACGGUCGAAGCGGAAGGGGAAAGAUCUGACGACGGCGUGCGAAAAGAUUUUCAAACUUUUUGACGUCAAGACCGAGGAAGAGCAGCGGAAGUGGUUCUUGCAUGGGGUUUUGCCAGCCAUCCCAGAUUUCGACAUCUUCACGCAGACUUGGGUCGAUGAGAGGAAGGGAACAACAUCUGCAAUGGGCAAUAACUUUCAUAUUCCGUCAUCCACCAACAGCGGCGGAGGGGUCCUCGGCCAAAAUUAUAGCAGAGUCGCUGGUCGUUCCACCCACGCUCUUCUAGAGGAGGCUUUUCGGAAAAUUAGCGGCGACUGCGAUUGUUUCG